GAACAGUCCUUAAUUCCCUUCACAGACUGUCUUUCGUUGCUCCAGAAGCUUGUAGAGGGAAAAGGAGUCCGAGAGGAUGGAGGGGAAGGAGGAGGAUGUGAAGCUUGGAGCCAACAAGUUCUCGGAGAGGCAGCCCAUCGGGACAGCAGCUCAGGACAAGGACUACAAGGAGCCACCACCAGCCCCUCUCUUUGAGCCAGGAGAACUCAAGUCAUGGUCCUUCUACCGGGCUGGAAUCGCAGAGUUCAUGGCCACCUUCCUCUUCCUCUACAUCACCAUCCUUACCGUCAUGGGGGUGGUCAAGUCCAACAGCAAGUGCUCCACCGUCGGCAUCCAGGGAAUUGCCUGGGCCUUUGGAGGCAUGAUCUUUGCUUUGGUCUACUGCACUGCUGGCAUCUCCGGUGGCCAUAUCAACCCUGCUGUGACGUUUGGGCUGUUCCUGGCGCGGAAGCUGUCCCUCACAAGGGCUGUCUUCUACAUGGUGAUGCAGUGCCUGGGUGCCGUCUGCGGAGCUGGUGUGGUGAAGGGGUUCCAGAAGGGCGUCUAUGAAAGCAACGGUGGCGGAGCCAACGUGGUGGCCUCUGGCUACUCCAAGGGUGACGGCCUGGGUGCUGAGAUUGUCGGCACCUUCAUCCUUGUCUACACAGUCUUCUCUGCUACCGACGCCAAGCGGAAUGCCAGGGACUCCCAUGUGCCUCUCCUUGCUCCCUUGCCUAUUGGAUUUGCUGUUUUCCUGGUUCACCUGGCAACCAUCCCCAUCACCGGCACUGGCAUCAACCCAGCUCGGAGCCUGGGAGCUGCCAUCAUCUACAACAAGGACCAUGCCUGGGAUGACCAUUGGAUCUUCUGGGUUGGUCCCUUCAUUGGAGCUGCCCUUGCUGCCAUCUACCACCAGGUAGUCAUCAGAGCCAUCCCCUUCAAGAACAGAUCCUGAGCACUUUCCCUUCGAGGUGUCUACCUUCUGUUUGCUGAUGAUCUUGUUGUGGCCUUCCUUUCAUGUUCUUUUCCUCUACUCUUUGAUUCCACUGUUGUGCAUUUAUAAACUUGUGACCUACUGUUGCUAAUCAAGCGUGUAAAUUAAGUAGCGGUGUAAUGGGUUUACCAUCUUACUGCUGCUUCACGAGA